AUGGUUGAGGCCGACUGGCAGCCGCUGCGGGACCUGGGCUUUGACGACGUGGCCCUGCUUGAGGUCGGGCACAUCGUCGGCAUCUUCAACUACCUCACCCGCUUGGCGGACGGGUUCGGCCUGCAGCUUGACCGGCGCACCAUCGAGGCCUCGGAGACCGGGGUUGCACUGAGCCGCCCGGUCGAGCAGGCGGCGGGAGAUUAG